CAAUCAGGACACCAGAAUUUGUGGUCAGUGAGUUCAAUGGUGACGUCAUACCUGAACCAAGCUUUAUCGAUUCCACGGUGACAAUCGUUAAAUUUGACAGCGAUCGAAGUACUCAAACGAGAGGAUUUCAAGCUGAUAUCUCUCCCUUAUGUGACAUCACUACUACAGAGACGAUUCAAACAAUUCCUCCAGUCAUUCAGCCCAUCGAACCCAUAACUAUUCGACGAAGUCUACCGACUCGAAUUACGUGUACUGUACUACGCGGUGACCUCCCUCUUCACCUCCGGUGGCUAAAAGAUGGUGAAGCUAUUCCAGAUGGAGUUGGAAUUGAGUUUGUAAAUGGUGCUUUCUCUAGCUCCGUAAUGAUAGCUGAUGCUACUGUUGUACAUGAUGGUCGCUACACAUGUGAAGCAAGUAACUUAGCUGCUGCAGUCAACUAUACGACAGCUCUUACUGUACAAGAAAACGUGAUCGAACUUGGACGUAACGGGUCGUUGAACGUCAAGACACCUAAUUACAGGGCAUAUUUUGGGGACGUUGAAGGUUUCUAUACCUGGAUUGUCAAAGCUCCGCAGAACUGUACUGUCCGGAUUGAAUUUCGUACCCUCAAUGCGGAGGUUCCCGGAGAGGUUCUAGAGAUCGGAUCAGGAAACGAUACAUCUACAAAUCAUAUUUGGAACUUGACUGACACCCAGACGACCAUACCGAGGUGGUUCGAUAUAGAUUCAAACGUUGUGUGGAUGUGGUAUAAAUCAAAUGACCACAAGAAUCCUACAUCUCAUGGAUUCAGUGCUGUGCUAACGCCUACGUGUGAUCAAGAUGUAAACGCCGAGUCAUACAUCGACACGAGAGGCUCUGGUAUAUUACUAUCAAGCGGGGAUUCCUGCAAUAUCGCAUCACCCGACUUCCCUCAAAACCAUCCUCCUUACAUCAGUAGGAUCUGGCUUAUCAAAAUCCCUCACCCUGAAUGUCAACUUACCAUCGAUUUUGAUAAUUUUACAACCAGAUCGGAUUCUGACAAGCUUGAGAUCAGUUCAUCUGCUUCAUUAGACUCCCUUCGUGCUGUCUUAUAUGGUGACGUCAUAAAGGAGCCUAUAACCAUCACAUCAGACUAUGUUCUCAUUCGGUUCAGCAGCAACACGAACUAUGGCCCUGAUAUCAGCAGAGGAUUCAAAGCUCAUCUAUACGCUGAUUGUGAAUCAGAUGUUACUCAGCCGUAUGUUGAUGUAAUAGGUUCCAAUGUAACCAUGUCGAGUGGAGAUACGUAUUACAUCGCUUCACUCAGCUAUCCAUACAACAGCUAUCCUAGAGAACAGAAUGUGAUCUGGAGAUUCUUUCUACCCGAACCAACAUGCCAACUAUCCAUUGUAUUCCAAGACUUUCAACUUGGGAGAUACAGUGAUCAUAAGGUUUCAAUCAGUACAUCAGGAUCCCUCGAUGACACUCUGGCUGACAUAACUGGUGACGUCAUUCCCGAUAACUUCACUCUAAUGUCUGAUGACGUCAUAAUCCAUUUCUUAACAGACUAUUUUAAAGGCGACGGGGGUUUCAAAGCUUCUGUUUCUGCUAUCUGUGUACCGGGUAAGCUUUUCUUCUGGAUGUGUGGUAGUACAGUAGUUCAUUCCCUUGACUGUCAAUAAAUAAUAAUAAACUAUUUAUGUUGUAAAGCUCCCU